AUGGUUGAAGAAUUUUACAGGAACCACGGCCAUGUUCUAGACCUCACGAAGCGCUAUGAAAAAUUGAGGAAAUCGCUUAUGGAAAGACUGACGGUCUCGUCGAGGCUCAACAACAGAGGAGCCAACCUGUUGGAAGAAGAAAAAGCCAGGGAUCAGGUUAUUGCGACCCGAAAAGCCAUCGUCCAGUACCUCAACAAAGUUGAUAGCGGAAAGGAGUCCCAGCUUUACCAAAAGUGGGAAUCCAUCACGAGGAUUCGUGUAGAGACCCAAGAGGAGCUGAAGGGAGACCCGCAGAAGAGCAAGGAGAUGCGCAAAUCAAGCCAGAGACUUAGCGCCGCCCAGCCGGCGACUAGCACAGACGCCACGGCAUGGAGGUCACAUGGCCGCCGUGACACCAAGGCUCAUUCCAUGGGCGCCCAAGGUCAAGAGGAAGAAGGGGAGCCAUCUUGCCGGGCGCUCGGCCGAGUGAGCUGA